CCCGCGGACCGAGGCGCGGCGCCACCCGCCCCCCCCCCCACCCCUCAUCGCCCUCCCCAGAUGCGCGGCGGGGGGAGACCCGUGCCGCCGACCCCCCGGCCCUAGGCGCUCGGAAAGCGGAAGAGGAGGAAGAGGAGGAAGAAGAGGAGGAAGAAAGAGGAGCAGCCGCCGCCGAGCCCGGGGGGCAGCGGCGAAGCCUCCGCCGUGCCCGCGGGGAGGCCGAUGGCGGAGCGCGGCGGCGGCGGCGGCGGGGGGCUGCCCGCCUCCCCCGGGCCGCUGCGGGGGAAGGUGGCCUGCAGGGCAGGGGACGGCGACGGAGGAGGAGGAGGAGGAGGAGGAGGGAGAUCCCGCUUUGACAGCGCGGGCGGCAGGGUCUCCAACGGGGACUGCGCCCCGCUGGGGGCCGGCGAGGAGCCGGGAUCGGCCCCCCCUGGAAGCCCGGAGAGCGGCGGCAAGGAGAAAGGGGCUCCGGGGGGGCUGCAGCGAGAGGGCAAGCCCGGCAUCCCCCGGAGGAGCAGCAUCAUUAAGGAUGGUACGAAACAAAAGCGAGAACGGAAAAAGACUGUGUCGUUUAGCAGUAUGCCAACUGAGAAGAAGAUCAGCAGUGCAAGUGACUGUAUAAAUGCGAUGGUUGAAGGCUCUGAGCUCAAAAAGAUUCGAUCCAACUCUAGGGUGUAUCACCGAUACUUCCUUUUAGAUGCGGAUAUGCAAUCUCUACGCUGGGAACCUUCAAAAAAGGAUUCUGAAAAAGCAAAGAUUGAUAUUAAAUCAAUCAAAGAAGUAAGAACAGGAAAAAAUACAGAUAUUUUUCGCAGCAAUGGAAUAUAUGACCAGAUAUCAGAAGACUGUGCAUUUUCAAUUAUAUAUGGAGAAAACUAUGAGUCUCUAGAUCUUGUUGCUAACUCAGCAGAUAUUGCAAAUGUUUGGGUUACUGGCUUAAGAUACCUGAUUUCUUAUGGAAAACAUACUUUAGAUAUGAUAGAAAGUACUCAAGAUAAUAUGCGGACUUCAUGGCUUUCACAAAUGUUCAGUGAAUCAGAUGUAGAUAAUUUGGGACAUAUACCCCUCUGUACCGCUGUGCAGUUUAUAAAAGACUUAAAUCCUGGUUUGAAAACAAAUAAAAUUGAACUAAAAUUCAAGGAGUUACAUAGAUCAAAGGAAAAAACUGGUACUGAAGUAACAAAAGAAGAGUUUAUUGAAGUUUUUCAUGAGCUUUGUACCCGACCUGAAAUAUAUUUCCUCUUGGUUCAGUUUUCAAGCAAUAAAGAAUUUCUAGAUACCAAGGACCUUAUGAUGUUUUUAGAAGCAGAACAGGGUAUGGCACAUGUCACGGAAGAAAUAAGCCUUGAAAUUAUUCAGAAAUAUGAGCCAGCCAAAGAGGGCCAGGAAAAAGGUUGGCUGUCUAUAGAUGGGUUUACAAAUUACCUUACUUCACCAGACUGCCACAUAUUUGAUCCAGAACAUAAAAAAGUUUGUCAAGACAUGAAACAGCCGUUAUCUCAUUAUUUUAUAAAUUCAUCUCAUAAUACAUACUUGAUAGAGGAUCAGUUUCGAGGGCCUUCUGAUAUCACAGGUUAUAUUCGCGCUCUUAAAAUGGGUUGUCGAAGUGUUGAACUGGAUGUGUGGGACGGUCCAGAUAAUGAGCCUGUGAUUUACACAGGCCAUACAAUGACAUCACAGAUUGUCUUCCGUAGUGUGAUUGACAUUAUUAACAAGUAUGCAUUUUUUGCUUCAGAAUAUCCUCUUAUUUUGUGUUUAGAAAAUCAUUGUUCUAUUAAGCAGCAGAAAGUGAUGGUACAACACAUGAAGAAAAUUUUGGGGGACAAACUACAUACACAGUCUCCAAACAUUGAAGACUCUUAUCUUCCAUCACCAGAAUCACUUAAAGGGAAAAUACUAAUUAAAGCAAAGAAGCUGUCCUCUAAUUGUUCUGGACUAGAGGGAGAUGUUACAGAUGAAGAUGAAGGAGCAGAAAUGUCACAGAGAGUGGGGAAAGAGGGUGUAGAACAACAAAACUCUUUGACUGGGAAACGAUUUCAGCUCUGCAAAGAACUCUCCGAGUUGGUAAGCAUAUGUAAAUCAGUUCAGUUCAAAGAGUUUCAAGUUUCAUUUCAGCUCCAGAAGUACUGGGAAGUGUGCUCAUUUAAUGAAGUGCUUGCUAGCAAAUACGCCAAUGAAAACCCAGGGGACUUUGUAAAUUAUAACAAACGUUUUCUUGCCAGAGUUUUUCCCAGUCCUAUGAGGAUUGACUCAAGUAAUAUGAAUCCCCAGGAUUUUUGGAAAUGCGGUUGUCAGAUAGUAGCCAUGAACUUUCAAACACCUGGCCUAAUGAUGGAUCUUAACAUCGGUUGGUUUCGACAAAAUGGAAACUGUGGCUAUGUCCUUCGUCCUGCUAUCAUGAGAGAAGAAGUAUCCUUCUUUAGUGCAAAUACAAAAGACACUGUGCCUGGAGUCUCACCUCAGCUGCUUCAUAUUAAAAUAAUUAGUGGGCAAAACUUUCCUAAACCCAAAGGAUCAGGUGCCAAAGGUGAUGUUGUGGAUCCUUAUGUCUAUGUCGAAAUACAUGGAAUCCCUGCAGACUGUGCAGAGCAAAGGACAAAAACUAUGCACCAGAAUGGGGACAAUCCAAUUUUUGAUGAAAGUUUUGAAUUUCAAAUAAAUUUACCAGAACUAGCAAUGGUGCGUUUUGUAGUACUGGAUGAUGAUUACAUUGGGGAUGAGUUUAUCGGGCAAUACACUAUUCCCUUUGAGUGUCUACAGACUGGUUAUCGGCAUGUUCCUCUGCAAUCUUUAACUGGUGAAAUGUUGGCACAUGCUUCCUUGUUCGUGCAUGUGGCCAUUACUAAUCGAAGGGGUGGUGGGAAACCUCAUAAGCGGGGCCUCUCUGUGAGGAAGGGCAAGAAAUCAAGGGAGUAUGCUUCUGUGAGAACAUUGUGGAUUAAAACAAUAGAUGAAGUGUUCAAGAAUGCUCUCCAACCUAUACGGGAUGCCACGGAUUUGAGAGAAAAUAUGCAGAAUGCAGUAGUGUCAUUCAAAGAAUUAUGUGGCCUCUCUCCUGUAGCAAAUCUUAUGCAGUGCAUUUUGGCAGUGUCUACGCGCUUGGUCGGGCCUGAUAAUACACCCUUGGUAGUACUGAAUCUCAAUGAUCAGUAUCCGACUAUGGAGCUCCAAGGGAUUGUUCCAGAGGUCUUGAAAAAGAUCGUAACAGCAUAUGACAUGAUGAUUCAGACCAUCAGGACUCUAGUUGAAAAUACAGAUAGCUUGUACGAGAAGAUAGUACAAUGUCAGAAAGCAGCAAUGGAGUUUCAUGAAAACCUGCACAAUAUAGGAGCAAGAGAAGGCCUGAAAGAAAGAAAACUGCAAAAAUCAGUAGAAAGUUUUACGUGGAAUAUUACAAUUUUAAAGGGACAAGCUGAUCUUCUCAAAUACGCUAAAAAUGAAGCACUGGAGAAUCUGAAACAAAUCCAUUAUGCCACUCUUUCAUGUGGACUUAAUAAGCCAGGCACUGAAAACGCAGAAAUCUCAAAACCUCGUCGAAGCCUGGAGGUCAUACCUGAAAAAGCAGGUGAUGAAAAUGGAGAAUGAGAGAAUGCUCUUCUCGUAAUUAUGGAGUUUAUAACUCUGUGACCAAUUGUAGCUGCAUAGGACAUUUGCUUUGCACUUACUGUUGGAAAAUAUUUGGGAUUUUCAAAGCACAACUGGAGAAGCUAAUUACAAUCUAUUGAAACUGUGAAUGUAUGUAGCAACUCUGCUUGUGAAGGCAAUGAUAUUGUGUAACAUGGAAAUUACAUUAUUGGCCAAAAUAUAGUAUAUAUGUAAAAGAUACUGUAAUUCAGUGAUAGCGUGCUGAAAAGUUCAUUAUAGUGCCGUAGGGAAAUGAACAUUUCUUAAAUGAGCUGUAAUUAGAGGGAAAACAGUUCACAGAAUUCGACAAGAUGCCUUCAUUUCCAAACAGAUUAGAUGUACAGGUCCUUUAUUUCUUCGCACAGGUUGGUAAUUGUGCUAGCAAGGUGAACUAUUGUGCACCUAACUUUUGAAAAUAAGGUCCAAGAAAGCAGGAUCCACGUUUCACACUAUAUGUCGUUCAGUCGGUCAGAUAUCUGGGUUUGAAGUGGUAUUGAUUUUGUUGUUGAGCCAUAAAUUAAAACGAGAAUGUAAUUAGACAGUGAUCACUGACUUCAGUGCACUAUAGGAGAGCCAUUAUGUAAAAGGAAAAUGUGCAAUCAAUCUGAUAGCCUAUGUCAGAAAAAGAUACAUACCUAUUUUGCCUAAGAUCUUCUGCAAAUGUGUGUAGAUAAUGUGACCAAACUGCAAGCAAAAUGUUGUAAAUAGUUUUUCAUUUUGUGAAGUGAAGUGCUCAUAUUAAAAAGUUUUAUGAGAUUGCUCCCAAACAAGUAAAGCUUUUAACUAAAUUUUAACUUUUUUAUUUUUCAAGUAUUUUCUUCCUUACAGAAUAAGUGAUAAUAAGCAGAUUUGUCAAAAAAUUGCUGUUCUGGUUCUGUUUGUUUGGUUUUAUGACAACAUUAGGUAAAGGUAUUGUAGCUGAUAUGCUCAUUGUAAAAUGACUAUACCAACCUAGAGUGUUCUCUUACUGUUUCUGAUUUAACAAUAAAAUGGACUAUAUAAUUACAGAAGCUAAUAAAUUUGAAGAAAAACAAGCAAAAUCCUAAAGAGAUCAAAACGCAGUUUUUGUUCAGUAGUGGGAAAAAGGGGAAGGUUGUGAUGUUUGUUGUAAGUAUUGUUUUAAUUAGAGCUCUUCAAGACAGGCAUUCUACACAGAUUGAUUAGUUUAACCAAUUCAAGAUCCAAUUUCUGCAUUUAGGUUGUAAUGAACAUCUACAUGUAUAUAACAUCGUGGAAAAGUCAAUGGAUCUCUGACCGAGAAUGUCAGUAUACUUACACUUCAUCUGAAUUUUUAGGAACUUAAAUUUAUUUUCUAGUCUUUAUAAAAUUAAAGAAUGAUAAAAACAAUUUGCAUAAUAAAUGUCACAUCUGAGCUUGCAUUUUUAAAUGUCAAACUGAAUAGGUUAGGAGCAGUUUUAGAAGGUGGUAAGCUCUUUCCGUGUCCAGUGACAGAUCAUAUGCCUCAAUAUUAUAGUCCUGCCAGGAAUGAGUUCUACUCUGUGUCAUACAAAAUGAAGCAUUUAACCUGUGGUGAACACCUGCUAGCAUUGCUUUGUGAACAGUCCCUCUCUACGUUAUCAGCUGCAAGUCUUCGAAGGCACAUGAAGUUGAUGGGAAGCGACACGAAAUUGGCUGUCACUAACUGUACUCCAAGACAGUAUGAAAUUAGUCUUCCAGGGUCAAAUCUAUUCCUGAAUUAUCUACAGGAAAAUAAGUGUGUUACAUGAAGAUUCAGCUGGGCCACAAAUAGGCAAGGUCAGUUUCACUUUAUCAGAAAAUCCCAAACCUAGGCUGCUGGAAAUUUACCACUCACUUUUAGUCCUAAUUGAAAGGUGUGGACUUCGGAAAAACGUCAGUACAGUUAGCAUUAUAGGCCUAAAAGCCAGUGAAGCUUCAAUAGCAGUUCUUGCCCACCAUCGUUUGCCUGGCAUUUACAUAGUUAAUAAUUUAUAUCACAAACAAAGCAUUUCUGUAGAGCCUCUUUCUUCAGCCAGGCUAUCAGAAUUAAUGGCUUAGCCAUUCUUCCUAUUUAUAUAUUCCUGCUUAGUUCAUUGCAAGACGUUGGUUAACAUUGAAAGGAUUAAACACAAAUAAGGUUGUUUGGUGGUUUUUUCUUCGCUUUAUGGAAAAAAAAAAGUAAGUUAAAGAUGAGUAUUAACAUGAGUUAGGGCUGAUAGAUUUUGUAUGUUGAACUCUACGAUUACCCCUCUGAUCCUGUUGGAUCUUGUUAAAAAGCAAAUUAAUACUGUUUCUGGAGAAAUAUCCUUAUAUAGUACCUGUUUAAAACAAACAAACAAAAGUUAAAAUAUAUGCAUCUAACAGAAUGAUAAUUUAAAUACUUUUGGAUUCUAGUGUAACAGUAAGUCCUUAAAAUGGAGGUUGCUUUUGUGCAUUAUUCAAUACUCAGUCCAAAUCUGUAUGUACCAUACAGCCUUAAAAUGAACUCAGUCAGGCAGAUACUUUGAAAGAUGAUGUGUGGCUAAAAAUCCUUCAGGGAGUUUACAUGUUGCAUGUUAAGAGAAUGCAGGAUAAACACCUGCAAGCAAAGUAUCAGGUUCUAUUGUUAACCCAGUAAUGAUAAUUUCAAAACCAAAUUUAUUAGCAUAUUUUUUUCAGUUGUACUUUCUUAAAAGCAUUCUUUGCAUCCACAAUGCAAUUUAUUUUUAUUGUUGGUCCCUUUUGACAAUGGUUUUUUUUAGGUUAUAUAGAAGAUCAAACACCCAAGGUCUGGUGAAGUAUAACAAAUAAAAUUAAUCAGAGGUUGA